GCGGGUUUGUUGCGGCCCAGGGAUGGCGGUAGCUGCUGUCUGCCCGAGCCGAGUGGAGCCAGGCCGCAGAGCCCGGGUCCCGGCGGGUUUGUGGUGUCCCUCUUGCUGAGGCCGCCGAGUCCCCUGUCAUCAUUGCGCUUCCCCCCGAGCUCCAGGAGGAAACCGUGAAUAUUAGAAAUUAUCCCAGUUGUGUAAGGUGCUUUGAUCAUGAACAUCGAUCUCUGGAAAAUAAUCUUGGUGGCUAAGCAGGAGAAGCACAAAAAACUAUUUCUCAAUUAUAAGAACUUGUGCAGAUUUCCUCAUGAAUUACUGAAAGGUGAUGGCUCAGAAUACUUGGAACACCUUUACAUGAAGAUGAAUUUAUUAACAACUUUGCCAGAAAACCUUGGGGAGAAACUUCCAAAUCUCACUGAAUUAUACUUACAUUCAAAUAACAUUGCAGUCAUUCCUGAAGCAAUUGGCACUUUGGUUAAACUUCAGUCACUGGAUCUUAGUAAUAAUGUGUUGGCAAUUCUCUGCCCUGAGAUUGGACAGUUGAAAUCCUUACGACACCUGCGAUUGGCCAACAACCAGCUGAAAUUCCUUCCAUCAGAAAUUGGAGAUCUAAGAGAGCUGCAAACUCUCGACAUCUCAACCAAUUGCUUGACGGCGUUGCCAGAGAGCCUUCAUUUAUGCUUCGCCUUGCAAUAUUUGGCAGCUGACCGAAACCACCUUACGAAUCUGCCGAGACAGCUUUGUAUGCUUCCAAAUUUGAAUGAACUCUCUGUGACGAGCAAUAGUUUAAAAUGUUUACCACAAGACCUAGGGCGAUAUCCAGAACUACAAUACGUAUACGUAGAUAACAACUUUCAGCUGUAUGGACUACCAUCAUACCUAUACAACAAAGUUAUUGGUCACAGUGGUUGUGGUUCCUCUUUGAAAAAUGAAGAAGUGAAACUUUCAUUCACCCACAGACAGCUGACCAUUACUGUACCUGAUGAAAUCCAGACAAUAGGAACAGAAAAUGAUACUGUCCCACCACUUCAAGAAAUGGUUAUGAGGACCAUCUACAAAUUUUACCACACGUCUAAGAAAGGUCUGGAUCUCCUAUCCCCAAACUCAUUACCUAGGAAUCUGUGCAAGUUACUAUUGUACCCUCUGGGACAUUGUCAUCACUGCAGCCAGCCAAUGUUUACCAUCGUCUAUCCUAAGUGUUUCCCUUUGACAGAGACCCCAAUGGCUGCCUUGUAUAAUGGGAGGACGAAAAUGAGCUUUGUAGCAUACUGCUGCUCCAUCAAAUGUCUGCAGGUUUUUGACUUGCUUAGCUGAUAGAUCUCAUGGCAAAGAAUAACUUGGUGGACACGUUGGGAGGUGGGAAGGCUGCGUUGAAAGGCAAGGUUCUGAAAGAGAGUCUGUUGGUUAACUUUCAUCCCACCUCAGAAUAUAGUUGCAAGAUUACAACAUGCUGUAAGAAAAGUUUCUACAGAUUAUGAUUCUUUGCUGUUCGUACCAAAAACUAUUAUGAAUCACACCUGUGGGAAAUUGUUUAUUUCCAGUGAAGAUAUCUGUCAUUUAUAAAUGUCAAAUGGUGACGUACUUUAAGUCUGUAACCUGAACAACGAAGUGUAAUGUAAGCUCAAGGGGGAGAACCUACAAACUAAGAAAAAAAGAAGCUCAUUUGGCAUAACUACUUGAAAGUCAAAGCAAACUUUGUGAACUGCUUAAUUCUAUGAUAUGUAUUUCCAUUAUUGUCAUUCUCUUUUAUUUGUCAAAAAAAAGCAGUAAUCAUUUGGUAAUAAGCCAUCAAAUAAAAUAUAAUGAUAUAAUCAGUUACAAGCAGUUUGUCUGAUGACAGUUGCACAGUACGUGUUUAGGUGGAGGUCUGCUUUAAAUAAUAGGUUAUCCAACUCUGCUGAUUUUCUAUACGUAUAUGUAUGUGUAGCUAUGUAGUUUAUCAUAGUAUUUUUAGCUGAGUCAUAGAAAAUACUGAUUGAAAUACAGAGAUUUUUUUCUUUAAACACUAACGUUACAUCAUUUCUUAUGCAGUAAGGUGAUCACAUGGAAGUUACUACUUGCAUAUUAAAUGGUCGCGUCGAAUGGGAUAUCAGUAUGGUGUGUAAACACUUUUUGCUUCAGUGGCUUUGUUUAAAUACAAUACAUGGUGUUUUACAAAUUCAUAGAGACUUAGAUUUUAGACUUAGGUCUUAGAUUUGUUCGCUCAUUUGUGAAAAUCAAAUUCAUUUUAUGCAUAACAGCAAUAAGGGAUUCUCAAAUUGACCCAAUAAUAUAGUGAAAAACCAGCCACUGUUGCCAAAGCUAAAACCUAACAAGACAAUGACCAUCUCCAACAAGAAAGCAUCUAGCAAUAUCUUCUUGAACAUUAGAGGUAUUACCAUCAUUGAAUUUCCCAUUUCCAAUAUCCAGGAGGUUACUGUUGACCAGGAACUGAACUGAGCCAGCUGUGUAAAUAUUGUAGCUACAAGAGUAAUUAGAGGCUGGAAAUUCUGAAUCCUAUAACGUAGAUAGUCACUCCCCAGAGCCUGUCCACCAUUGACAAGGCACAAGCCAGGAAUGUGAUAGAAUGCUUUCUACUUACCUGGGUGACUGAGGCUCCCACAGCGCUCGAGAAACUUCACACCGUGCAAUACAAAGCAGUCACUUAUCGACACCCCAUUCACCAACUUAAAUUCACUGCCUCAUUAAAUUCAUUGCAGGAUGCAUUUCAGAAAUUCACCCGAGUUCCUUAGUUGGUACCUUCCAAACCCAUGAUCUCUUCCAUAUAGAAGGACAAGGAAAGAAGGUCCUUGGGAACACCACCACCUGCAAGUUCCCCUCCAAGCAAUCACCAUCCUAACUUGGAAAUAUAUUGCCCUUCCUUCACUUUGCUAGAUCAAAAUCCUGGCAUUCCCUCCUUAACAGUGUUGUGGGUCAACCCACAGCAUGUGGACUGCGGUGGAGUUAGAAGAAUUAAAGUUUAUUUGUUUGAAAUUUAAGAUACUAAGGACUGAAAAGCAUAACUAACCCACCUAGCUGGCACAUCCCUGGACACAACAGGGCAAUUUUUAAGCACAGCCAAUCCACCCAACUUGCACAUCUUUGGAGUGUGGGAGGAAACUGGAGCACUCAUUGGUGACCCACACAGACACCUAAGGCUGGCAUUGUGAGGCAGCAGUGCUAACCAUUGCCUUGCCAUUGUUGAAAGUGUUCACUAGUUUUAAGGCUGAGGUAGAUUAACUGACAAAGGAAUCAGACAAAAUUAGGAGUACAUAGGAAUGAGGGGCUGAAGUCGCAAUCAGGUCAACCGUGAUCUUUUUAAAUGGUGGAGCAGGCUUGAGGGAGUGAAUACCCUGCUCCUUGUCACAUACAUGUCCAUAUAGCAACUGGGACAUGCAGAGUAUGGUAAUACCUGUGCUGAACAGAUCUGUCUCUGAAGACCACUGACUAAAUAAGAAUGCAGGUUGUUAUAAUUGUUUAUAAAUUCUUGGGGUUAAUUAGUGCACAUUUAAAUUGCUUACAUGGAUCAUGUUCCAGUUUGGAACUCAGAAGAAAUGCCUUUUUACCUUCAAGUUGUAUGUUUUGACUCAUACCUGUUGGUGUCUGUGAUUGAAAGUAUCUAUCUUGCCUCAUCCAGUUAAUGAUCCCCAGUUUCUGGAUUGUAAUUGCUGUCAUUUUUCACAUAGCUUCAGUAAGUGGUGACCUCCUAAUUCCAUAUAUCACUAUUUUAUUCUCUCUAACGUAAGACACUCCAUAGUUGCAGUAUACCAAGGGCUGAAUCAAGUACUGGUGGCUGUGAGAAGCUCCAGUUCUUGAGUUCCUGUGACUACACCAAAUAUACAAGAGGCAGGUCGGGACAAUCAUUUGGAACUGAGCCAAAAUGCAGGCAUCAACUGAGAAAAUUACAAUUAUACUGUCAGUCUUGAAUCAUGAUCAGUUAAUCAGUCAAGAGACCUGAUCAAAAUCAGUAUUAGUUAAAAAUGAAUUGCUGCUUUUUUUCAGUUUAUGAUUAAGGAUUAAAGGAAAUUGAGUAUCACUUUCACAUGAGAAGCUGUCAGGUUUUAUAAAAUAUAAAGUUGGUCACUGGAUGUAGGUUUGCUCGCUGAUUGGAAGGUUCGUUUUCAGACAUUUCGUCACCAUACUAGGUAACAUCUUCAGUGAGUCUCCGGACGUAGCGCUGCUGAUGUUUCCUCCUUUCUAUUUAUAUGAUUGGGUUUCUUUGGGUUGGUGAUGUCAUUUCCUGUUCUUUUUCUCAGGAGGUGAUAAAUGAGUCCAAGUCAAUGUGUUUCUUGAUAGAGUUCCGGUUGGUGUGGUGAGGAAAUGUCUGAAAAAGAACCUUCCAGCACAGUGAGCAAACCUACACCCAGAACCUCAAGCUGAGCUACAAAAAUUCUCAAAACUCACUAAAGUUGGUAACUGUAUAACUACUUGUUCUUCAGUGUGAUGCAGGAUUUUUCAAUAAAUUUUUGUAAUGUUA